CGUGGCUCGCGGAGCUCCGUUCACUAGUGUCCUGACUCUUCUGAAUUUCAGCCAUCUUCUCUUCAGCCACCUGCACAUCAACCAUCUACGCUGCAAGCCAUCUGCACAUCAGCCGUAGCUGAACCCCCAUCACUCCUGCAUAUCCGUAUUGGCCUGCUGCUCGGUCUGCUUCUCCUUGACAUCUAGGCCACCAGCAUUCGGCUCUGGUCUGACUCAGGCUUAUUCGUCACCUCGCACAGGAUGGUUCGCUUUGCAAGUGUCAGAGCUCCGUGAGCUUCCCCCAGGUUGCUACUUCAGGCGACCGGCAGAUAUUGAUGCAGAUCACAAUGCGGGAGCUGCAAUCCGAUCUCACGCUGAGCCCGAGCGACCAGACUACAACCAGGUGCCUCUGCUGCCAACAGGACCUUCGAACCUCCCCAAUGUACCUGGCCAUGGCGAGAUCUCCCCAUCAGAGCCGAAGCCGCUCCGCAGAGGGCCAAUCUUUCAGCCUCCAGGUAUACGGCCAGGAAGCAAGUUCAUAUGUGAUUAUUCGAACAUGAUCGGGUGGGAAUCUUGCUCGACUGAGACAGACAGGUCAUGCUGGUUGAAGAAUGCCGACAUGGGUCAGUUCGAUAUCAACACAGACUACGAAGCACUGCGCCCGCACGGCAUCGUGCGCAAUUAUACACUCAAUGUGAAAGACGGGUGGUGGAAUGCGGAUGGUCAAAAUUUCACCAAUGCAAAACUGUUCAAUGACACCUAUCCUGGGCCUUGGAUCCAAGCUUGCUGGGGAGACGUUCUCAACAUCACCGUCGUGAACAACCUCCAAUACAAUGGGACAGCGAUACACUGGCAUGGACUCCGACAAUUUCUUACUAUGCAUAUGGAUGGCGUUCCAGGGGUGACACAAUGCCCGAUAGCACCUAAGGACAGUUUCAGCUAUAUUAUCAAUACGACCCAGUACGGGAGCUCCUGGUACCACUCUCAUUACUCACUGCAGUAUGCUGAUGGUCUGGCCGGUCCCAUUACCAUUCACGGCCCAACAUCAGCUCCCUAUGACGAGCCAGCUGAGAUACCCUUGCUGUUGACAGACUGGAGUCAUUGGAGUAUGUUCCAAAACGACAGCUUGAUAAACGGAACAAUCCUAUUGAAUGGUCGAGGAAAUGUGACUCGAUUCGGAUGCGAGUCGCAGCCGAACAGAUGCAGCAAUUGGACGCAGAUCCCCACGAUAGAGACACUACACUUUGACCCGCUACCUCUUUACGAUACGCCAUCAUCCAAGUCACGACCAAAGCGGUAUCUGCUCCGUAUCAUCAACACCUCCUUCGAGACUCAAUUUGUCUUCUCGAUCGACAAUCACAAUCUAACGGUCGUCACUGCCGACUUCGUACCUAUACAACCCUAUUCCACGCAUUCCAUUCUCGUCGGUAUCGGUCAACGCUACAACCUCAUUGUCGAGGCAAACCCCAUAGGCCCUAACCACGUGGGUCGCAAGGAUUUCUGGAUUCGAACUGGCAUUGCCCACUGCUUCAAGCACUGGUCCGACAAUGCGAAAUACAACAUCGAAGGAUACAACGUCACUGGCAUCUUAACGUACAGAAAGGGAGCCCCCGAGACACCUUCAUCUACACCGUGGACAGACUUCUCACUUGAAUGUGAAGAUGAAAACGCGGGAAACCUGGUUCCAAUCGUGCCUUGGCUGGUCGGCCCGGCGGCGAACAGCAUCCCAGCUAGUAACAGCACCGGAGAGGAGCGUGACGUAAACCUCAAUACCAAAAAACUCGAUCCCAACAUUACUUACCCAUUGGCACUGUUCUCUCUGGAAUUACCUGACCACACCACAUUCAAUCCCCUUCGCGUCGACUACGACAAUCCUAUGUUCUUCCAGCUGAAUCAACCAUUGAGCCAUCGGUGGCCGACACCGUCGGUUGUGAUCCCGGAGAAUCUGAAGGAGACAGAUUGGAUCUAUCUACUCAUCCAAGGAAACAAGGCCACCGGGCAUUCGACUAGUGGAGCACAUCCGAUACACCUGCACGGUCACGAUUUUGCAAUACUCAACCAGAGUUAUUCGGGAUUUUUCAAUCCUGGCGACCCGCUUAAUACCUGCAACCCUGCUCGUCGGGAUGUAGUGCUAUUGCCCACGAACGGUUGGGUCAUGAUCGCAUUCAAAGCCGACAAUCCGGGUAAUUGGUUGAUGCAUUGUCACAUCGCCGGUCACGCCUCUUUUGGGCUUGGGGCGCAAAUUCUUGAACGCCAAUCUGAUGCGAAUGCUAUCUGGCCUCAUCCAUCAGAUGGCUCAACCAAUUAUUGUGGCAAGUAUGCGCAGUCAAAUGCACUCUGUCGGGCAUCGCAGAUCUGUGACAAGUGGAAAGCAUGGCAUAGUGAUUGUCGCAAUUGGUGGGCAGACAAGGGGCAGGAUCCCUGCAAAAGCAAGACAGACCCAUGGUACUUCUUGCCUGAUUCUGGUAUUUGAAGAAGAGCAUGGGAAACAUUGGAGACUGGAAGCCCGGGAGUCUCUGGCUGUGCGUCCCUAUGCGAAUGGACUUGGAGGAGGUCCAAAAUUUCGAAGGAGUAUUCCUCCGCAUAGGUGGCAUUCCUAGAUCCAACCAGUGUCCAUCCAUGUAUGAUCAAGGCUGGUGGCCCUCCGCCCCAG